GGGUUUUAGUUGAGGCCCAUACAUUCAUAUCAACAGGCCAGCCAUUUGGUCUUUUGCUACGAAGAGAAAAACCUCACCGUCAGCGGCGGUGCACUACCCCCAGCUCCGCCAUAAGAUGGAGGAAGAAAAGGCCGCAGCAUACUACGACGAUCUCACACGUAAAGGAGAAGGCGCCGCAAGAUUCAAGCAAGGUCUAGGCUUUUCUUCAACUUCAAAUGACGCCGUACCCAUCCGUGGCUCUGCUCUCGUUUCUUCCUCUUCAUUUCUGAGUAGUUUUGUCAGGGCAUCAAGCCCGUCCAAAACCACCGAGUUCGAAAAACAAGCUCAGCUCCAAACUAUCCAAAACAAGCUCAAGAAGAAACCUAAAGACAAUAAAGAUUGCCUUUCUUCUAGGAUUUCCAAAGGAAAAUCCACUAGAAGUACAAGUCCAAGUCGCGAAAAACGUUCCAGCCGGAGAAGCCCGAGUCCAACCCAGAAGUUAAGGCGCCGGAGUCGAAGCCGGAGCAGAGACAAAGAGAGGCAUUCGAGGCGGAGUGAAAACCGGGAUGCUUAUAGGUCGAAGCGUCCACAUAUGUCUAGAAGUAGAAGUAGAAGUAGAAGUAGAGACAGAGAUAAACAAAGGAAAAGAGAAAGGCAAAAGGAGAAGCAGAGUACAACGAGGACAAGGAGUGUGUCACCACGGGAUGGAAGACCGGAGAAAGUUGGGAAAGAUAGAGCUGCUACGGUAGAUUAUAGCAAAUUGAUUGAAGGUUAUCAAAAUAUGACUCCAGCUGAAAGAGUCAAAGCCAAAAUGAAAUUUCAACUUUCAGAAAGUGUUCGAAAAGAUGAAACAAAAAGCAUGGGCUCUGGAUGGGAGCGUUUUGACUUUGACAAGGAUGCCCCUUUGGAUGACAACGAGAUUGAAGCUGUAGAAGAUGAUGGUGCUUUAGUCAACCACAUUGGUAAAAGCUUUCGGUUUUCUACGGUGGAGAUGUUUGUGCUGUUAAUUUUUUUGGUUGAUUUGAAGACUAGGAGGGAGGAACAAAUUAAGGCUGCUCAUGAUGAGGCUAUUUUUGGAGCUCCCUCACAUCUGCCACGUUCUCCUUCCACAGAAACAGAUGAUGAAGCAGAAGAUGGUAAUGGCAAAAAGGACAUAUCUGAAAUUGCCCCUGCUACAAGUCUCAUCAGUGGGAAGGCAGUGGCAAUGCAACAAGGUUCUUGGCGUGAUCGCUUGCGUAAAUCAUGACUUGUGUGAAUUCUUGGAAAUUGAGGGUUUUUUGUAUUUGUGCUAGUCUUGUGUGGGUUGUAACCCGCUGCCUUUUGGAGUAGUGCAAGGUCCUUGUUUUGUACUGGGGAAAUUGUGAAGAAGGGUGGGUAUUUAUGGAGUUGGGCUUUCAGCUUUAAAAAUCUGUGUCAUAUUCUAAUUUUCUUAUGGAGAAGUAGCAUGGAACAGUGCAAAUAUUUUUCUGUAAAUAUUCUCUUUGGUACUCUUAAACUUUGAAUGCAGCAGCCCUUGUAUAGUUUG